GUACUGCUGAUUGGCGCGCUCACAUUUGAGGCUGUGUUUGAUAACACAGAAGAGCUAAAACAGUGGGGCGAGACGAGGACGACGGUUUUAGGUCAGUCAUUAGCGACGGUUUUCAUAAAACUAUCGGAGGACUAUUGCCUGCUACGGAAAAUAAAAUAUCAAAGACAACAAAUCCCCUGUACUCCAUCCAGUGCUUCUCCUGUUUGAGCUGUAAGGGUGAUGUCAGCAGCCUGUCUCGGGCGCCUCGCAAGGUGCAGUGGUUCCCAUGUGGGACGUAAUGGUCUUUUACACAUGGCCCAAGUCCCACUCCCAUUCCAACAGGUCAGCCGACCUCAGUUCACAAUCUUCCAGCGACAACUUUACAGCCCUUCAGGAAACCUACACAGCAACACCCGCUUUGACGCAGACAGCAGUGGCCAACCGACUACCUGGGAUUCAUUUGGCAUCUGGGACAAUCGUAUCGACGAGCCCAUUCUGCUGCCUUCCAGCAUCCGCUACGGGAAGCCCAUUCCCAAAGUCAGCUUAUCCAGGGUGGGCUGUUCCUCGCUUAUCGGUCAACGCAAAGACAAUGAAGACCGCUUCCAGGUUUCCCAGAUGACUGACAGCAUCCUUUACUUUGCUGUGUUUGAUGGGCACGGCGGGCCAGGGGCAGCUGACUUUUGUGAAAAAUACAUGGAGAAAUUCAUCAAGGAUCUUGUUGCGGAGGAGUCCAAUCUGGAAGUAGUUUUAAGGAAGGCUUUCCUUGAAAUAGACAAAGCUCUUGCAAGGCACUUGCACUUCUGUCCAAAGGAUCCGGGGACGAACACAGGAACCACCUCCACUGUGGCGCUGCUGAGGGACGGCAUCGAGCUGGUGGUGGCCAGUGUCGGCGAUAGCCGCGCCAUGCUCUGCCGCAAAGGCAAGGCCCUGAAACUCACUGCCGACCACACUCCCGAGAGGAAGGACGAGAAAGAGAGGGUAAAGCGAAGCGGGGGUUUUAUCACCUGGAACAGUCUCGGGCAGCCAAACGUCAACGGGAGGUUGGCCAUGACGCGCAGCAUCGGAGACUUUGACCUGAAGAGCACGGGGGUCAUCGCUGAGCCUGAAACCAAGAGGGUAUCGUUGCACCACGCCCACGACUCGUUCUUGGCGCUGACCACGGAUGGCAUUAACUUCAUCAUGAAUAGUCAGGAGAUCUGCAACGUCAUCAACCAGUGCCACGACCCCAAGGAGGCAGCUCAGAGAAUAGCUGACCAGUCUCUCCAGUACGGCUCAGAGGACAACAGCACGAUUGUGGUGGUGCCCUUUGGUGCUUGGGGAAAACACAAGAGCUCGGACACGAGUUUCUCCUUCAGCAGAAGCGUUGUGUCCAGCGGCCGCUGGGCGUAGACCCGAAAGGUUUCUGGUCUGUGACCGAAUUCAUUUGUGCAAUACAAUCAAAAAUCAAUGUCCUUAUGGAAACAUUAAGAAAGUGUGGUUGGCCCAAACAGUAAAACCUAAGGGUUACGACAUGUUACUUAAAGCAUAUUCAUGUGUGUUUGCCUCCAUGUGGUAACAAGCGGUGGAUUUAUGAUCUGCACAAAAUGAAAAAUAUCCUUAUUUUAUAAAUUAUUUAAUCUACUAGAAGGCCAAUGACCUUAUAGGUGCUGUGAGGUGUUUGACUGGAUAACCGGUAUGGCUGUUCCAAAUAUUUCGAUGCUUUAUUGAUAUGCAAAUUAUAAAUUCAAUGUAGAGCUUUUGUUUGUUUUUAACUGAAGGCCUCCUGGGUAGAGGCCAGGUCAUUAGUAACAUACAGGACACAUUGUGUGCUGUAGUCUUUCCCUUCUCUGCCCAACACACACCCUGCGAACGCCGUGCCACUCAGUCCUUAUUCUGCACUUGCAUAUGUUUAUGGUGAAGAAACAACAACAAACGCUUCUCUUUACAUAAUGUGUAUUAUCACCUGCAUCGGUCAGCUUCGUUCUACCCGCUUAGGUUAGGUUUUAAGGACUGGGUGUUGUUUGGGUCAACAUAUCCGAGUAUUCAUUACUACGCACAUCUCCUCGUCUAAGGACUACCGUUUGAACACUGCACAUAUCCCUCUCCAGGUACUCACACUCACUGACACCCCAAAAGCAACGUUAAUGUGUAAUUGCACAUGCAACCCAGAAUGAAACAUGAUCUGGUGAAUAAUUGUGAAUGAUGUUGCUCACAGCUGUUUUACAUGAACAGCAUUUGAUUGGCUGCUCGAAGAUAUUCCUGCUUCUUGUUAUGUGAGCUGGUUUAAGUGUUAAUAUCUAAACUGAUUGGAAAUGGUCUUGUAGGUGCACCGUGAAGCGUCCAGAUCAAAGAAAUGUACACUUGUAUGUUUUGUAAAUAAUUAUAUUUAUGUACAUCUGGAAAACUGCUGGAUAUUGUUACGUAACAUCUCCUCUGAAGGAAGUCUCAUACCAGAAACGUUCAGACACAGGACUUUACUUUGAGUGGAGCUACAUUAUUUUUAAUGUAUCUUAAGUACAACCAGUAAUCAAGCUUUGACACCAUUAAUGUGGCAGAGAAAGAUCACAGCACACUUAACCCAACACUAAAGAAUUUGAAGAUGUGAAUGUUUGUUUAAAUGCUCUCCACGACUAAGAAAUCUCCAUCCUGCCGAGUACAGGAGUCCUUCAGCGGUACGCAUGGUCUCUCUGGACCUCGUGUGUGGAUUCGUUAGCAGACUUGAACCAUCCGAUCGACUACUGUUGGUAUUUUUGUGUUGUGGUUGUUUAAGCUUGAGAAAUGCAGCGUUUCAUAUUUAUCAUCAUUAUUCCGUGAGAUGUUGUGCAGCUAUCUGUUUUUUCCUCAAACACCAUUUAGAGAUGUUUUGUAAAUACAUGUUUUUUUUUCCUCUGCUAUUUCACAUAUUGGAUGAAACAUAAUAAGGACUUGCAAUUAACACGUUCUCCUUAUAAACGUCUUUAUCGUUCACAGUCCUCUAUCACAGUGUGUUUUUCCUUUAAUGUAUUUUAUUUCAAUGUCUUUUAAAUGCAAUCAUUUUAACUGUGGAUCUAUAUCUGGGACCUAAAUGUGACUCUGUCAGCACUGUAUUCCUGGUCUGAACCGGCUUGUGUCCAUUCAAUUAAAAACUUGACACAAAAAUGA